GCAGGAUCAACCAGGUAACUAUCUCUGAAGGGGCUUUACCGUGAGGCGCAGCCCAAGAGUCGUUCGUCAGGGCGAACCCUGACUAGUAGACUCCGAGUAUGUUACAAAUUUGUAAGUUCAACCGAACUGAAGUUGAUAGACGAUGCCGCUCGCUGUCUAGGCGUUAACCUGUCUAGCUCGCAGCGUCAUCCACAUCUACUAUUCCGGCCUUGCUCACUCUACUUGCUUUCUCUACCGCACAUAAGUCGAGUAGAUCACCAAGUAGGUUGAAGAUUACAAUCCGCUUGGCUGCAACUAGUGCAGCAACUCGCUUCAUGCAUCUCUUCGAGUGGUUUGUGAGGAUUGGUUUCGCCAACGGCAAGCAAUCUACACGGUUUUACCCUUCGUCGCUCCGAGGAACGGCUAGGAGCAGGGAACAUGCGUUCAGUUACUCCGCAGCUUGCGCCGCUUUUCACGUCCAGCAAUUAUCCCAGGCCUGUGUUCAUCGACCCUGAGAACAAGUUCCGGGUAGAUUAAUAACAAGCCAGUCAUGGAGGAGUAAUGACAAGAUCAGAAAUGCUCGUAGACUCAUAGUGCAGAAAGUGUGGAUUCGCCAUCGCAUUCGGGCUAGCACACACUCUCAUACUCUUUUCAUCUGCGUUCUUCACUCGCUU